AUGCCACCAAAACCUGCAAUCAAACCCAGAAAAAAAGUCUCGUGUCAUUGUGAUGAAUGUAACGGAAAAUUAGUUGAUCCAAGAACAAAAGUAAAACACGAGGCUGAAUAUGAGCAGAUGAAUCGUUUAUCAAGAUCUACAAAGGUCAGUAAAUCAGUAUCAAAGCGAGUUCAAAUAGACAAUAAUGAUGAUGAAACUUCAAACGCAUCCUCAAGUUCAUCGGGUUCAUCAAGUUCAUCAACAUCCGAAUCGCAAGAACCAAUUCACAUCCCGACUAAACGAGAAAGAAAAGAGAAAUUUAAAGCAGUGGAAUCGGCUGUUAAUGAUGUAUUGAUUGAUGAACUUGAUAACGAAGAUACUGGCUUCAGCUCACCGAUUGAUGACGACCAAAGUGAAGACUUGAAUGAUGAAACUUCUGAUGAUGAAUGA